AUGACUAGAGCCAUCCUAUCUUGUGGCUUCAGGACAGCAAAGGUCCAGUAUGCACAGAAAAUCAACUGCCAUUUCAUGGAUAAUGGGGAUAUGGAGCACUUGUGGAAGGGCAUCAAGGCCAUCACGGAUUAUAAGACACCACCACAGACUUUGGAGACAGAGUUUGGAGCGCACAAGAUGAUGGCCCGUCUGACACUGUGCUGGGCGUUACUUGGGAGGAUUAGCAUGGCGCAAAACUGCUGUUCGUUCGAGGGCACUCAGGUCCAGCUUCUGCUUCCAUCAAUGCUUGUCUUAGAGUUUAUCCUGGGCAUCCUCGGAAAUGGGCUGGCACUGUGGAUCUUUUGUUUCCACUUGAAACCUUGGAAAAGCAGCACAGUUCUCUUAUUCAACCUGGCACUCGCAGACUUCUUCCUGAACAUAGCUCUGCCAUUUCGUGCUCACUACUACCAAAGGAGGAGAGACUGGAUAUAUGGCGACGUCUUCUGCCGAAUCUCGCUUUUUAUGCUGGCCAUGAACCGCAGUGGCAGCAUUCUCUUCUUGACAACAGUGGCAGUGGAUCGCUACUUACGAGUGGUUCUCCCACACCAUCCAUUCAACUCCAUGUCUGUGGCCAAGGCUGUGUGUGUCACCUGUGGAAUAUGGGCUGUGACCAUCUCCUCGACAGCUCACCUUCUAUUCAAGCCACAUUUCAUCAAAGCAGGAAACCGAACACAGUGUGAAAGCUUUUUGAUCUGCAAAGCAUCUGACAGUUAUGACAAAUUGCACAAGGGUGUUUUCUUAACUUCAUUUUAUCUAGCUCUGGUAGUGAUCCUAUUCUGCUCCAUCCGCAUCAUUUUCAAGCUGAGAGACCGGCAGCUGGAUAAGAACUCGAAGAUUAAGAAAGCACUUCACUGCAUUGUUGCAGUUGUGGUGCUAUUUUUCAUCUGCUUCUUUCCCAGUAAUUUGACUGAGUUGAUGAUUUUGACUGCAAGCUUUCAUCACUCUCUGAUUUGCAAAGACUACGAGGGCCUGGAGAUGGCUUUCUUCUUUACCAUCAGUUUAACUUACCUCAAUAGCAUGUUGGAUCCCAUCAUUUACUAUUUCUCCAGCCCAACCUUUAGGAAGAUCUACCAGAAGUUGUUGAUGCACUGUCUAAGGAAAACAGAAAAGCCAGAGGCAAAGGAGGACCGAACACAUGACACAGGGUCUCAGACACUCAGCCAGCUGUGA